CAGCUGUGUGUCUGUGCUGCUGGUGUUAUUUGCUUGCCUUGUUGUGUUUACUUGUUACAGAACAGAUAUCCCGCACUAUGGAGGUCGACCAAGCUCCUCUCGCCAAUGGCCACAACGCCAAGUGUAUGAAUGGUGGCGGGGACGGUGCCCACCGCUGGAAUCUUCAGGAUAAUCUCGAGGUUGAUGACCCAGCCAUCUACAACAUCAUCCUCAAGGAAAAGGAUCGUCAGAAGAGAGGACUCGAACUGAUUGCUUCGGAGAACUUUGCGAGCCGGGCAGCGCUGCAAGCUCUUGGCUCGUGUUUGAAUAAUAAAUACUCUGAAGGCACUGUGGGAAACAGGUACUAUGGAGGAGCCCAGUUCAUUGACGAAAUGGAGAGUCUGUGCCAGAAACGAGCCUUGGCAGCAUUCCACCUCAACCCAGAAGAGUGGGGCGUCAAUGUCCAGCCUCUGUCCGGCUCCCCUGCCAACUUUGCUGUUUAUACUGCCCUUGUGGAGCCCCAUGGGAGGAUCAUGGGUCUGGAUCUGCCAGAUGGUGGCCACUUGACGCAUGGUUUUAUGACGGCCAACAAGAGAAUCUCUGCGACGUCCAUCUUCUUUGAGUCCAUGCCGUACAAGGUGAACCCGGAAACUGGCUUGAUCGACUAUGACAUGUUGGAAACCACUGCCAGACUCUUCCGUCCAAAACUCAUUGUUGCAGGUGUGAGUUGUUAUUCCCGUAACCUUGACUACAAGCGAUUCCGCCAGAUCGCUGAUGAGCAUGGAGCAUACGUCAUGGCUGACAUGGCGCAUAUCAGCGGAUUGGUUGCUGCAGGGUUAAUGGAUAGCCCUUUUGAAUACUGUGAUGUUGUGACGAGCACGACACAUAAGACACUAAGGGGGCCGCGUUCCGGAAUCAUUUUCUACCGAAAAGGUGUCAGGAAGGUGACUGCCAAGGGCGAGAAGAUCAUGUACGAUCUGGAAAAGCCCAUCAGUGAUGCCGUCUUCCCUGGUCUGCAAGGUGGUCCACAUAACCAUGCCAUUGCUGGGGUGGCUGUAGCCCUGAAACAAGCGGCAGAACCUGCAUUUAUUGAAUACCAAAAGCAGACCGUCGCCAACUGUAGGACCAUGGCUAAAUAUUUAGCCGAUAAGGGGUACAAAAUAGUCACUGGUGGCACUGACAAUCACUUGAUCCUUGUUGAUCUCCGUUCCAAGGGAAUCGACGGUGCGAGGCCCGAGUUCGUACUCGAAGAAAUCAGUAUCGCUGUCAAUAAGAACACGUGUCCAGGCGAUAAGAGUGCCCUCCGACCCAGCGGGCUCCGCUUGGGGUCACCGGCUCUUACAUCAAGGAACAUGAAAGAGACCGACUUUGAAAAAGUGGCCGAGUUUAUUGACCGAGGAGUUGCCCUCGCCAUCGAGAUAAACAAAGACUGUGGAAAGCUGCUCAAGGAUUUCAAGACCAAGGUCACGAGUGAUCCAGUCGCCAAACAGAAGGUUGCGGCUUUGAGACAAGAUGUUGAGAACUUUGCUGUGCAGUUUCCGAUGCCAGGGCACGAGGUACUGUAGGUUUGGACUCGUAGACCAAAAAUACUUUAAAAGUAAUGCAUGCAGCUAAAAUGCCAGGGUUUGGGAUAAAAAAAUACAAGAGAAAAAACAAUCACAUUCUGACUUCGUUUCAUCAUGUACAUUUGAAAACACAAACUGUGCUUGAAUUUUUGUUGAUGUUCGUUUCGAGUAAAUUAGUUUUCAGGUGUGUGUAGCCUAUUGAUAAUACAUAAACUUGUCAUGAAAUGACUUUAUGAUAGGCAGACUUGCUGAGCCUGCCAUUCACAUGCAUUUGAUCAGUAUACAUGGUAUAUGGGAUUGGUUAUUCUUCUUUAUAAUAAAAUACGUAGUAUACUGGUCCUUGGGUUUGGGGUAACCUGUAUAUUUAAUAAUCAUGUCUUCCAAGCCAUUUCCUUGGCUCUUUCUAAUCGGUUCAUUUCAUUGAUGUGCUAGUCGUAGCCUUAACACCUUCAGGGCCAGCAUAUCAUUCCCUCAUUCCGGCUGUGGCCCAAACUACCUUGAUCUAUGUGGACCAAACCCCCCUCCCCCUCCUCCAGCCAGUAAUUCCAGCUCAAAAAGGCUUUAAUGUGAAAAUGACUCGGCACACCAUCUUCAGAGAGCUCAACAUGGGAUUUUGGCAACUCAAGAUCAUUGUGGUGUGGCCCUGAAGGUGUUAUAAGGAUAUGCAUUUCUGUUAUACUACAUGUGGUAAUCGGAUAGUCCAAAAAGCAAGAACCAAAUAUGUGUUAAAGGCCCUGUGUGGGUGGAAUUAAAAUGUUGGCCAUAACUAGGUGCCAUGUCGAGAUUCUGAUGUGCAAUGCACCCCGAGUGCGGUGUCGCAAGAUAACCAUAGUGACAGGAAGAAUGUCUGUCUAAAACUGCUCUAAAAGUAAUUACGAUUGCAUCAUGGCCAAUAAAGGGUGCGAUGUAUUUAAAACAAUUGCGGUACAUUGCAAUCAAGAUGUGUUCGAUUUUAGAACACUCAAAGCAUCAUGUUUCUUACAUCAUUAUUAUCUACAAGUAAUCGCCUAGUUGUGUUUUAUGUAAUAAAAUACAAAGAAAUUCUUGAUA